AUGUUUCUCAAAGUGCAGUUGCCCUGGAAUGUCAUAAUACCUGCUGAGAACCUGGAUGCCAAAGGACUAAUGCUCCAAAGGUCAAUUGUUGUGCGCCUCCUAGAUGAAUUUGCAAAGAAAAGGGCCACCAAAGAUCUUGGAUACUUUCUUGCUGUCUCGACUUUGGAGAACAUAGGGGAGGGAAAACGGCAUCACCUUCAAGAUUUUCAGGGGGAGAUCUUAGAGGGGGUUGUUCACAAGGUCCUUAAGCAUGGGGUUCUCUUGAAAAGUGGGCCAAUGGAGAACAUCUAUCUCUCUUGUAUGAAAAUGACCGGGUACCGCUAUGUGCCUGGAGAGAAUCCAGUUUUCUUAAAUGACAAGACGUCUAAGAUUGAAAAGGAUGUGGUGGUUCGUUUUGUUGUGCUUGGAACGAAGUGGCUAGAGGCAGAAAGGGAAUUCCAGGCUUUGGUCAGUUUAGAGGGCGAUUAUCUUGGACCCGUCUCUUAA